AUGACGACGAUGGCGAUCAUGCGAUACUUCUAUUACACCGACGACGAUUUCAUCCCUCUCAAGAUCGACAACGACGGCGACCGGUUCUGCUUCAAGUGUCGUCGGGCCUUUUGGAAGGGAGAGACGAUCGAAAUUAUCCCGCCUAACACCGUUGGAAACAGAUCGGGGGGUGACAACUACGCCUGGAUUGGGAGGAAGUGUCGCUACAGCUGCGACGAGGGAGCACGGGUCGCGAGAGACAGGGCAACCCCCAGUCCCGGGCGGUUCACCCAGGCGCCGGCGCGUGUUCGAAAGGCGAACGUUGUGCCCUCCCAGCCGUCGAUGCCUUUUGUGGACGCGGUUGCUGUGCCCUCCGAGACGUCGGAGUUCAUUCCACAGGCGGUAGCUGUGUCCCCCGAGCCGUCGAUGCCUGUUUCUAGCACGGGAGUUGCGCGCGCCCAGCCAUCGUGGCGUGAUCAAGAGACGGUAGUUGUGCCCCCCAAGCCGUCGGCGCCUGUUCAAGAGACGGUAGCUGUGCCGCCCCAGUCGCCGGAGCCUACUCAAGGGACGGAAGCUGCCCCCCCACUGCCGUCAGCGCCUGUUUUCAGCGUGGGAGUUGCAACCCCCCAGCCAUCGGGGCGUGUUGUCAGGGGGGCAGUUGCGCGCGCCCAGCCGUCGAUGCCUGUUCAAGAGGCGGUAGUUGUGCCCCCCCAGUCGCCGGAGCCUACUCAAGGGACGGAAGCUGCCCCCCCACUGCCGUCGGCGCCUGUUUUCAGCUUGGGAGUUGCGCCCCCCAAGCCAUCGGGGCGUGUUGUCAGGGGGGGAGCUGCGCGCGCCCAGCCGUCGACGCUUGUUCAAGAGGCGGUAGUUGUGCCCCCCCAGUCACCGGAGCCUACUCAAGGGACGGAAGCUGCCCCCCGCCUGCCGUCGGCGCCUGUUUUCAGCUUGGGAGUUGCGCCCCCCAAGCCAUCGGGGCGUGUUGUCAGGGGGGGAGCUGCGCGCGCCCAGCCGUCGACGCCUGUUCAAGAGACGGUAGGUGCGCCCCCCCAGCCAUCGGCGCCUGUUGAAGAGAUGGACGUUGCGCGUCCCCAGCCGUCAAUGCCUGUUGAGGAGAUCAAGCCGUCGGCUCCUGCUGAAGAGGCGGUAGUUGUGCCCCCCCAGCCGCCGGCGCCUGUCGACGAGACGGUAGUUGUGCCCCGCGAGCCGUCCACCCCUGUUCAAGAGACGGUGGUUGUGACCCCCCAGCCGCCGGUGCCUGUUGCAGAACCUCAAGUUGCGCUCCCCCAGCCGUCUGUGCCUGUUCAAGAGACGGUAGUUGUGCCUCCCCAGCCAUCCACGCCUGUUCAAGAGACGGUAGUUGUGCCCCCUCAGCCCCCGGCGCCUGUUGAAGAACCAGAGGGUGCGCCCCCCCAGCCGCCGGCGCCUGUUGAAGACACGGAAGGGCAGGCUAGGAAAGGGCUUUUGGCGAGGAUUUUCAAGUGGAUCACCAGCUGUGUAUGCGUAUCAGAGGGAGGGUGUCCUACUUUUUAG